AAAUGUCCGGACCUUUACUUGAUCUCUAUCGCAAGAGUGAGUUAUAUAUACAGAAGGCAAAGAGGCAAUACUCACAGUGGCGACGAUAUACACGUUCAUGAUGUAAAGAGAUAUGCUUAAAAUGUUGUACAUCAGCGGUAUACACUUUUAUCCACGAUUGCUUCGCGUUUUUCAAUACAUGGGCUUCACUCAGCACGCUUAACGUUUGUCGAUUGAGAAUCACCGAGCUAACAUUAGACGACUAACAUCAAUUCGGAUGUUGCAGAGUUUCAUUCAGUGCCAAAGGUGAGGAAUUUAAUUCAGCGGGAUACAAGCCAGGCUACAGGAGAGAAAUCCAUAUUGACGGAAGAGAGCUGUAUCCAAUGUGCAACGCAUCACGAUCGUGCUUCGUCGGAACGCCAAACCUGAUAAUAAUUAGCAGACUCGCCGAAUCGUCUCACACGUAGCCGUCCGAGCACUCCGUUUAAGUGGAUUUCUUAUCCCGUAUUUCAUAGAUAUGUCGGCAAAUUGAAAAUUUACGGAACGGCAUUUAUCUGGAAGCGGAUAUUAAGCAUCCUAAACAAUGAAUUUUGUUCUGGAUUUACUGCAUGUAGUUUUAGAAUCAUACGACUGAGAGUAUAUAUGGAAUCAAAAUGGCACGCAGACGUAAAACCGAAGUAAAAGCAUCUGAAAAAACAUCCCAUAAACAUGUACCUGUACGCAAAUCUAGUAGACAAAUAGCUAAAAAGCAGUUGGAAGAGAAGAAAAUAAAUGGAGUCAUUAUACCAACAGUUUCUGAAGACUUAAAGCCCUUUGAAGACUCUACAUCCACCAGUGAAGAUAAUAUCCAAGUUGUUUCAAAGAAGAAUCAAAAGUCUCAGAGGAAGAAUAGCAAGCAUAAAGGUACCUCUAGUAACAAUGUAGUUGUAAAUAGCGAGAAUGCUGCAUAUAAUGCUUCUCAAUGUAAACGAGACGCCAGCGAAAGUGACAGUCAAGAUACUGUAGAUAAUACAAUUGACAAAUCAGGAAAACUCAGCCCAGAGAAUGUACAGCAGGCUGUUGUCCUUAAUCCAAGCAAUGAGUCUUUACCUGCAUCCGCACCGAUGUCAUCCGAGGUAGAAAUGUGGUCGGAGGAUGUCGUAGAGGAAACAAUAAUCUGUGAAGAAAUGGAAGUGGAGGAGAGUGUUGCAGACAAUAGUUAUUCCUUGGCGCAAGAUAAUGCUAUGAAUGAACAAAUAUCGCAUGAAUCUAAUUUAGAUGACAAGAAUUUUACGGAAGUUACUGUGAUACAAAAUAAAAAUGAUACCGAAUCCAUGAUAGUAGAAUCUGAAUCAGAGAACAUUGCGAAUAAUAAAUGUCGUGCUAUUCCACAAAAUGCUAAUAGUGUACAUAAACUGGAAAAUUCCAUAUCAAUUACACAUACAGAUAAAUCAGUAACUUCUAGCAGUGGCAAUUAUAAUACUACAGAUUCUAAUGCAGGUAAACCUUAUAUUAAUAAAAAGAAAAUAGUAUUAGAAGAUCGAAGUGGUAAAAAACAAAAGAAUAACAAAACAAUUUAUGAUAAAAUAAAAAAGGAAAUUUCAGAGUCAAUAUCUGAUAAGAUUUCCAUGUGUUCUAUCAAAGAUCAUUCUGGUUUUUCUAACAAGGAAGAUAAUUACAAGGAAGAAAAUAAAGUUUUAGAAACAAAAACUGCGCGUGUAGAUUCUGCAAAAGAAGACAUUUUAAACAAAAUAGAUAAUAAGUUGGCAGAUAUGCAGAUAAGUGAAUGUUCAAAGGAGAUACAAAAGUUGGUGAAUGAUCUCUCUAGUAUGGAAAGUAUUGGCUCUCCGGUGCAACCUCCUUUAAAUACAGAAAAACUGUCGCCAGUAGAUAUCGAUGAUGAAAGCAGUUCGUCGAUAUUAGAUAAAAUGGAGCAAUUGCAUCGUCCAAAUCAUUCUGUUGGUUCUCACGUUACAGAGAUAUUUUCAAAAAUUGUAGAACCGAAUAACAUUAUUAAAAAUCAAGAACAAGAUAUUUCAAAAUCCGAUUCUUGUAACGAUAAAAUACAAUAUACCGAUCGAGUUUCGUUAAAAUCGAAAAUCAUACAGGACAAGAAAUACACAAGUCAGCAAAAGAACAUUGAACAUUUAACAACUAUUGACGAAUAUCAGGAUAGUGAAAAAGAUAAUAAAGUCGACAAUGAAGAUCUUAAGUUAUGUAGUAGCAGUGAAAAUAGUAACGACACAUUAUUAUCAUUUACUAAUUGUAAAGGACCAGAGUUUGAUAUAAAAGGUGUAACCAGUAACUCAAGUGAUAUUGAUAAAAAAGGUGAAUUCAGACCUCGUAGUGGAAGCACUGAUACAACAGGUUCUGAAAGCGGUUCAAACAGUUCAGGCGUGAGACGAAGUAGCAGAAUUCGAUCUAUAGGACUGAUGAAACAGAGGUCUCGUGGACGUGUGGUUACCAAGCCUAACAUAGAUGUCUCAAAAGUAACUCUUCAGCAAGAGAAAGAAAAAGUAGUUAAUAAUAUAAAUUCUUUAGUUGUUCAAGAAGUAAAAGUAGAAAAUGCUGAGACGCAAAGCGAUAAAGAAAGUAAUUCUAGUAAGAUAUCAACAUUGCUUGAUACAUUAGCACCUUUAAGCGCUAAUUAUAAUACUACAGGAUAUGAUUCUGAUUCUUCAAAACCGGUUAAAGUAAAAUCCCGUUGGCGAAGAUCCAGUGAGCUUGAAAUGGGUGGUUCAAGUGCAGGAUUUGGAUCUGUCAUUGCUCCCAUUUCACUUGGAUUAUCUGUUACACCGACAUCUGAAUUAGGACGCAGUGCGACAGUGAAUACGGGAGAAUCUACAUCAUCAGAAUCGAAAUGUAACAUUACUAGCACAAACGUAAAAACGGAAACAGAGCCGAUUAAAGAUGCAACAGUAGCAUCUAAUAACGUAUCGACUGUUUCAAACGCAGCGCCGCUAAUUCCGAAAACCAUAGGAGCAAAGAUUUCCUUGCCGAUGCUUCUUGAAGCAGAGAAUCGAGAAAUGGAAGAAAGAUUAAGUCAAUUUGAGCAUUUACGUGAAAAUUUAUAUCUUACUGAAAGAUAUACGAAUAAGGAAACUAAGAGAAUGGUGUGUGACUGUUUUUUAACUGAAGAUGAUAUUGAGAGAGGAGAACUUGGUUGUGGGGAAGAUUGCCUUAAUAGACUUCUCAUGAUAGAAUGCGGACCUAGAUGUGUAGUAGGUGGCAGAUGUACAAAUAAGAGAUUUCAGAAUUGUGAAUAUGCCAAAUGUGAAGUGUUUCGUACGGAGAAGAAGGGUUUUGGAUUACGCGCGGUUGUCGAUAUAUUGCCAGGCGAAUUUAUAAUGGAGUAUGUAGGUGAGGUCGUGGAUCCGAAAGAUUUUAGACGCCGUGCAAAAGAAUAUUCCAAAGAUAAAAACAGACAUUACUAUUUUAUGGCACUGAAAUCUGAUCAGAUUAUAGACGCAACUAUGAAAGGGAAUAUAUCGCGAUUCAUCAAUCAUAGCUGUGAUCCAAAUGCGGAAACGCAAAAAUGGACUGUAAACGGAGAAUUGCGAAUAGGAUUUUUUAACAAAAAGUUCAUAGCUGCUGGAGACGAAAUUACAUUUGACUAUCACUUUCAACGUUACGGCAAAGAAGCACAGAAAUGUUACUGUGAAGCACCGAACUGUCGAGGUUGGAUAGGUGAAACGCCUGAAGAAGAAAAAGAGAAGAUUGAGAAGAAAGAGAAGCAAGAAAGCGAGAAAGAUGUCAAGAAGAAGAAAGAAGAAAAGAAACCUGCUGAUUAUAUGGAAGAUGAGGAUUUGGAGGAAGAAAUAGACAAGUUGUGCUCAGCUGGUUUGAAAAAUCGUGUGCACACGUUAACAUUAAGUAGAUUAAUGGUUCGCAGCAGAGAAUUAGAACACAGAACGCGCCUGUUACGUCUCAUACAAAGUGGCGAACAGCCCUGCCGAAGAUUGUUCUUGGAUUAUCAUGGAUUGCGCUUGGUUUGGAGUUAUGUCAUGGACAUUUCUACAAAUGAGUCCGAAGAAGCUCAACAGUUUCGUUUAGAAGUGUUAAAAACCCUAAGUACACUGCCAAUACCGAACAAGACAAUGUUGAUGGAUAGCAAAAUAUAUGGUGUAAUCGAAAGAUGGGCGAAAAGAUUAUAUCUUUCGCCGAAUACCGAUUCUCCGGAGGACGACCAGAUUAAAUCAAAGACGAUUUGUGAAGAAUCGAACAGUAACUUCGAUAGCAAUGAUAAGAAAAGUCCUGAUGAACGUCUGAAUGACAUUCCAGAUAAGCGUAAUAACAAUAUCGAAAGUUGCUUGGCAGUUAACGAAGUUAAAUCAGAAAGCACGGAACAAAGUCUUAUUCCCGAUUUAGCUUCUAGUCUUCUUGUUGAAUGGUCCAAUCUGAAAGAAGUUUUCAGAAUACCGAAGAAAGAAAGGAUCGAGCAAAUGAAGGAACAUGAAAGAGAAGCAGAUCGAGGAUAUAGAGAAGAAUUAGAAAAGGAAGAAAAGAGAAGCACAUCGUAUGAUAGACAUAGAUCUGAUAGAUACAGCCGAAGUGAGGUAGACAAACGUGGUGACAGGAGACGAGGACGAGAAUCUCCAGAGGCUGAGCACAGCAGGACGAAGGAUAAAAGAGUAGAAGAACGAAGCAGUCUAGUUCCCAUACCACGAAUGACAAAAUACGAACGUAGACAAUUAUUCGCACUGAAAGUCGCGAAAGAAGAGGAAGAAAGGCAACGCCGUCAGCAACAAGAAUCAUGGCAAGAGCAUGAGAAUAGAUGUUUGGCGUUGGGUAUAGAUCCUCACGCCACUGCCAUGGUUGAUCCCCAAACUGGCUAUCCUAUUUUUUACAAUUCAACACUAGGCCAAUGGCAACAUUAUUCCACUCAAGACGGGGGAGAAGUAACGCAACAAUGCACCUCUGUAUAUGUAGGAGGCUCCCAAUCUACCGCUAUAGUAGGCCAGAGCUCUCACGUGCUGUCAUCAACGAUGACAUCCGAUAUAUCAUCCGGAAUUACAACUGGCAUCCCUUCUGGUGUGCCAUCAGUAGUUUAUUCAUUAAAUCAAACGCCUGUGUUCAAUCAGACAUCUUCCUAUUCCUUGGUAUCACAUCCGCAACCAUAUUCCGAUGGGCAACUGUCUCUUCCAAAUAAUCAACAAUUUCCCAAUCUCACGUCUGCGGAAAAUGCUACGACGAAUCGGCCACCGCAACCUGAAAUUCCGCCAAUAGAUUUGCCACCGAAAUGGAAGAGUGCAACGGAUAGCAGAGGUAGAAUAUACUACUAUCAUGUAAAGGAUAGAAUAUCGCAAUGGCUACCUCCACCGCCCGACCAUAUCGGAGUGCAGCCAGAUUCAUCAUCUAGCGAAGAAUCUAGCGAAGAAUCUAGUUCAUCGAACGAGGAUGACGAGGACAUUGAUGAUGAUCAUAAUGAAGAUCAAAAGAAUGAUGAUGUCGAGGCAAGUAGCGUUGUAACAGAAAGUCCUUCGAGCACAUCUAAACCAAAUAUACCUAAAAAAUUAAGUACUCCUUUGACUGGAAAUACACUGCCAGUUCCUGAGUCUAAGAAGAGAAGAGUUGGACUGGUUCAAGAAAGAAUUAUUAGUCCACGUAGGGAAGAGGAUCGUGUUGAUCAUAAGGUAUAUAAAGAAAUAAAAGAGAAAUUACGUCGACAGAAGGAAAGAGUAAAACUGAAAGACCAUGCUGAGAAGCUAAGGAAGCACAGACGAAGUAAUAAAUCGAAGUCUCAUUCGCGACAUGGAUUGAACAAGCUGCAACCAAUAUCAGCCGACAUGUCUCCUACAUCUGAAAGGAAGAUUAAGGAUACGUUUAGAAUAAACAUGGCUAAUGUAAUGGUUCAUUUCUUAAAUCCAUAUAGAAAAAAUGACUGCAAGCAAGGCAGAAUAACUAAUACCGAAGAUUUUAAGCAUCUAGCUAGAAAGUUGACACAUUUUGUACUUGCGAAGGAGUUAAAGCAUUGUAAAAGCGUAGAUGAGUUACAAUGUAAUGAAAAUGUUAAGUAUAAAGCAAAAGACUUUGUACGUAAGUACAUGAGCAAGUUUGGCGCAGUGUAUCAGAAGGGUACAGACGAGGAUUAGCUGUGUAAUUUAUAAAAUAAAAUUGUUAUUUAUUGCGCGAGUUCUUUACUUCAAUUAUUGUGAGAUAUAUUUAGAUAAUGCUCGUAUGUAGAUACAUUUCUAAUUGUAUUACUGUAAAAUAGACAAGUUUGUAUAUGA